CCUCUCUACAACCCCUCCUCCCCCCCAUCAUCACCACGACAUCACGACCGCCAACAUGGCUAACGACGAAUACGAUUUCCUCUUUAAGGUGGUCCUGAUCGGAGAUUCAGGCGUCGGGAAAUCCAACCUGCUGAGCAGAUUCACUCGCAAUGAGUUCAACUUAGAUUCCAAGUCCACCAUCGGUGUCGAGUUUGCGACCAGGUCCAUCCAGGUCGAUGCGAAGACAAUCAAGGCUCAGAUUUGGGAUACUGCAGGACAGGAGAGAUACAGAGCCAUCACAUCGGCAUACUACAGAGGUGCUGUUGGUGCGCUGCUGGUUUAUGACAUCAGCAAGCACCAGACGUACGAGAACGUUACGAGGUGGUUGAAGGAGCUGAGGGACCAUGCUGAUUCCAACAUUGUUAUCAUGCUGGUUGGUAACAAGAGCGAUUUGAGGCAUCUGAGGGCUGUCCCGACCGAGGAGGCCAAGCAGUUCGCAAGUGACAAUGGGCUCUCCUUCAUCGAGACUUCCGCGCUCGAUGCCAGCAAUGUCGAGCUGGCCUUCCAGAACAUUCUCACAGAAAUCUACCGCAUCGUCUCGAGCAAGGCCCUUGAUAGCGGCGACGGAGCCCAGGCCAACAUCGGUGCAGGCACGAAUAUCUCACUCAGCAAGCCGGCAGAUGAUGGUUCCGCCAAGGGAGGAAAGUGCUGUUAGGGAACUUAUACCCCUUCGAUUCAAAGAUAUUGGUUGGUGAAAGAGAUUGUUUGAUUGAUACAGCGGUGGCGUAUUUACUUGUCUCUAAGACGGAAACUGGAUGAAAGGGGGUCUUAUCUCAUGAUCGCCGGGUUCUGGUCUUGAGCGAUGACUUUUUGCUUUGUACUGGUCUACUCAAAUGGAUUUUUAUAAUCCUUUUGUGUUCCUUUUUGGAUUCCGCAUGAUGAUUGGGUUCCUUUCACGUGUAACAGUAUUUUCUGAUUUCUUGUCAAUAUCAAUGCACGAACGCAAACAGUGAUUAAUGUGUUUGUAUUUCUGUUUGUAUUAAACCUAGAGGAU